CGAUAGUGUGCGACAAGGAUAACAAUAUAAAUUAGUUUCGGUACCUAUCCUAAGGGUGAUUCACACGGUGCAUGCUUAAAAGUAAAAUUAACGGGAAACAUCCAAUUUCUGUUAUGGUUUUUGAACUUUUAUAUUUCAAUCUCAGCCUCGUUUCAACAAACAAAAGUUUUUAGUGUUUAGAAAACCAUAGACUGAAAGAAAACAUAUGAUUGAAACAACAAAAUCAAAAUCACAAUCAAUGUAUUAUUGUGAAAAAAAUGUUAUAUGGUUCAAUAUAUUAUCGUGAAAAUGUAAUUGAAUGAAAUAUGGUUAAAUAUUAAUGCAUGGAAAAGAAAUAGUAAAUUUUUGGAAUGUAUUGAAUAAUAGUAAUUGAAAAUGAAUACUUCGUGGAAGAACACUCGUUACGCUUUAAAAAAUUUUGCGAAUGUAUUGAAGUGUAACAAAUGUGGAAAUAAACCAAUAAAUGCAACGAGAUACACUAAUUGUGGUCACUUUUUUUGCAAACAAUGUGCUAGCAGCGAUUCAAUUUGUAAAAUUUGUAAAACACCUGUACAACCAAUUGAAACAUGUAGUGAUCAUUUAAUUGAGAGUCUUGUGUCUCAUUGUAAUGUUAUUGCAGAAAUAAUACAGGAAAGAGAUUUAUGGAAUUCAGCCAGGAAUUCAAAUGCAAUACAAUUAUCUACAAUGACAAAAAAUACUUCUACACCAUGUACAAAAUAUCAUAUACCAAAGAAAAACAUAAAUAAAUUAAACAAUAAAGGAGAAACACAAUUACAUAUUGCGUGUUUAAAGGGGGAAAUUCAAGAAGAUUACAUAAAAGCUCUAUUAGCUGCUGGUGCAAAUCCAAAUACAAAGGAUUAUUCUGGUUGGACUCCUUUGCAAGAAGUUGUAAGCUUUGGUCAUACCAACAUAUGUCGGUUAUUAUUAGAAUGUGGUGCAUUACCAAAUACACCUGGCGAAGGAAAUAGAACAGCAUUACAUGAAGCUGCUAAAGAAAAUAGAUUAUCAGAAGCAAAACUACUGUUAAAAUAUUCAGCUAGUAAAGAUGUAUAUGAUAAUUCUGGAAAAAAGCCUAUAGAUUAUUGUAUACCAUAUAGUGAGAUGUGGAAUAUUUUGAAAGAUAAAAAUGAAUUGGACAAUGCGUCCAAACAAGAUCUUAAUCAUACUUUGAAUAAAUCGUUUACCACAACAAGGACAUUUGAUACUGUUGUUAUAUAUGCAUCAAAUUUGAAAGAAGAGAAUAAAAAAUACCUGAAUGAAAUAGCUUCAAAGAAUAAAAUUAAAGUUGUAUCUACAUUUCAAUUAUCUGUGACUCAUGUUAUAGUAGAAGCCAAUAAUGCAAAUGUUGUACAACUAUCAUAUGAUGUAAUGAUGGCACUUUUACGUGGAACCUGGUUACUUAAUACUGAAUGGAUUCAGUUAGGUAUGGAUAUAGGUGAUAUAUUGAAAGAAGAUUUAGAAAUAUUUGAAGUUAGUGGUGCACCAAUUAAAGGUAUUCCAAAAAAAGCUAGAGAAAGUGCACGAAAUCAGAAUCCGGGUCUCUUUAAUCAAUGUUACUUUUAUUUUGCGUGGCAAUCAAAGAAUGUUUAUAUAAAUAAUAUGCAAUUAACAAAAGAUGCAUUAUUGGCAUUAAUACAAGAAGGUGGUGGAACAGUUUUAAAAAGAGAACCAAAUCCAGAAGAUAUAAAAAACAAAGAACAGUUUAUUCCUUUUCAUAUUGCAAGUGAACCUACUCAUCCUUUAUAUAAGUGUACACAUUAUAUCAUAUAUAAACCAGAAAAAGAUGAACCGAUUGUAAAAUAUAAUAUGCCACAUAUAAAGACACUCCCGCUCAUAUGGCUAAUUGAAUGUAUAGAAAAAUUUACAUUAGUUGAUCCAUCGCAAUUAGGUUUACUUAUUUAAGUUUAAUUAUUUUAAUUAUUUUAAUUAAACAUGUUUUGUGAUUUUAAUUGUUCUAUAAAAAUUAAUAUUAUAAAUAAGUGCUAUUAACUGGUGCAAUGCCAUUUUAUAUUUUAUAUUGUUUAUUACGUAAACAUAUUAGUUUAGUAGUUUUUAUACUUAAUGACACUUCGAUUGAAAUGAGUAAUAAAAUUUUAAAGAAAUAUUCAUCUUUUUAGUUGGAUUUUUUAAGCAGACAUAUGUUAAUAUCGUACUAUGAUUACGAAGAAUUGACCGUUGCGCAAAGAACGAUAAAUUCCAAAGGGAAAUAUCGUACGGUAUCCUGUACAUUUACGGGUAAAGUACCGCUAGUCGUGCACAUAUACUUACAUAUACAUGCGAUGAGAAAGAGGGAAUGGAAGAAAAAAGUUGGAUGGGAGCGAGAGAGAGGUAAAGAGGAAGGACAGUGUGAACAUGAAAAAUAGAAAAAAGAAAUAUUCUAAUAUAGUUGAGAUUAUAUAAUAAGAAAAAUCAAAUA